AUGUACGAAUUUCCGAAGCAGCAGCCUGCAAAGGAGUCCGUGUUCUGUUGCUUCGUGGGUCUUCCUAAUGCGAUCCUCACGAACGGAGAGGACCGGAGAGACAACCCUCUAUUGUUAUCAAGUCAUCGGGCGAUCUUUUACCGCCCCAUUGGAUCGUCGUUUAUUUCGCAUAGCUUCAAUUCCACUCAUACAGAGUCACAAUUUGUCGCUGAUUAUCAUCGGAUAAUGCAUGUCAUCGGAGAACCCCUGUACCUCGUUGCGCCUUUCCUCGAGCAGAUCUUCCCGAAGCAGAAAUUGAUCAGACAGAUGGAUCGUCUAUGUGAAGGGUUCGACAAGCUCCUGCAAAUUGCUUGGAAUUAGGCGAAGAUGUCAGGGCCUGGUGCUGAAACACGCAGGGGGCCAGAACUAUCCAGAAAUAACUUCCCGAUAACAUGACAACGCUAUUUUUAGCCUGGCAUGU